AUGAAACAGGGAGAGUUUAUGUCUUCUCCCAGGAAGUCUAUGGUUGUUGAAAAACCUAUUGAUUUACUGCAACCAUAUUCACCAAAGACACCAGUGAUACACCCGCCCAGUGGGGGUGAUGUAAAUGUUAUGCAUGGAGCAUGUGGGGGCCCUGAGGGUGACACACUUGUUAGUCUCAGCCAAGAGAAUGAGGAAGAGUUAGAUAACCGCUCUGAAGCCAGUGAACAGAUUGAACACGGCACACAUUCUAAAGCAGCGAGUGUUUGUAGUCACGCUUCAGAAACAUCAACAGAAUUAAGACAUAGCAAAGAACAUAAAAGGAUGGAAAGGAUGAAAAGAGAAGUUAAACAACUAAAGAAAAUAGUGUUAGAGCAUGACCGUAAUAAGCACAGCCUAAUACAUUCAAAAGAACCUCUGAGAGUCUCAAUGCAAGGUGAAAUGUUCCUUGAGAGGUCAGGCACCAGAUCAGGCAUGAACUACCACCCACUUUCUGAUCACGAGUCACAGGGCCAACUAAAUGCAGAGAGACCAGACACAGGAAGCGAGCGGAAGCAUCAAGUUUAUCAGUGGGUAGCAUCUCAAUCACUGAAGAGAACUAAAAAAUAUCAACCAUGGACACAUAGUGAUCUCACUGCUAUAAUGAGUAAACUCCCACCGAUCACUAGUGGUGGAGGGAGAUGGUUAAAUAAAUUGAUUACAUUGAGUCAUGGUGUAGUUCUGGCCGUGGGUGAUAUCAGAUGUCUGUUAGGGCAAAUUUUAAGUAAAGCUCAAGUACAGGAUUUUGAAGAAAAUGCCAAUUUGACAUUGACAGAUAACGAAGCAUUGUAUAGUACGGUGAGUACAGACAUCGGUAAGGCGCUUAGGGCCCAGUUUCCCACUCCACCAACAGUGUACCAAAACAUUAAAUUCAAAAUUAAACCAGAUGAGACAGGAGCGGCUUAUUAUUUCAGAUGCAAUGCUGAAUGGGAACAAUUGACAGAAGAAAAUGGGUUAAAUAACCCAGUCACCAGGGACAUAUUCAGGUCAGCUGUAAUGGCAGGUGCACCAGCUGGAGUCAAACAAACCAUGGAAAAUAGUCCAGACAUCCCGUCAGCUUCUAAUGAACUAUGGGAGAGACAUUUGAUAUUUUACAUAGAAAAGGCCUUAGAUAAAUCUAAUAAAGAGUUGGCUGAGGUUGAUAGAUUGAAAAAUGACCUACUUAAAUUACAAUUGGAGCAAGCAAAACAGGCCACUAACAAAAAGAAACAGAUGACACAACAAGCCCAACCACCCACCACUUCAGGUCCCCCGAAUGGGCAAAGACCCAACCAGUAUCCAAACCAGUAUGCCCCACCAGAUCCAUAUAUAGGCCCACCAUAUUCAGGGAAUCCCUGGGGAGGGUAUCAACAGUAUAGAGGGGCUCCCAGAGGUAGGGGUAGCGUAAACAGGGGAGGAUACGGCGGCUAUGGAGCUAGUAUAUGUUAUGUGUGCGGACAGGAAGGUCAUUGGGCCCGUAGAUGCCCUCAAGUUGUGCCACAGCCCCAAUAUUCCGGUGUAAGGUAUCCACUUAACGCACCAAAUGCAAGGGGAUGGGGUCCCAAUAGAGGAGGUGGCGGGCGUGGAAAUGGUGGUUUUGCCAGGGGACCACCAGCGCCACACAACUCAUCAUCACCUGAUUUAAUGGCGCCUGUGCACCCAUCAUGGGGUCAUGGUGAUGGUGCAGAGGAAUGACGGGGCACACAGAGAACCACCAUGAGGGGAAUGGCUGAGCCCCUCAUGGACAUAGUGGUAAACGAUACACCACUAAAAGCUCUAGUGGAUACUGGAGCUACAUACUCCACUGUAAUAAGAGGCACCAUACAGUCAAAAGAUCUGAGUAAUAAAACAGUGAGUGUGAUGGGUUUCUCUGGUGAAAUUGAAAAGUGGCCAUUAACUAAACAUUUACCAACAACAAUUGCUAAUCAA